CCCACUGAUGCUCGCCCUCCUCUUCACCGGACAGAGUGACGCUGAGGCGACAAAAGAUCUAGGGAGGAAUUCAUGUUAUAAAAUGUGCCCACCUGGAUAUUAUAAAGUUGGUGACUGUGAUGGUCCAGUUGCAGUGCACAGAUGUUCAAUGUGCGGUGAUAAUACAUUUACAGACAGUGACAACUUUUUAACAAAAUGCCUGAGGUGUCGCUCAUGUGACAGUCAUGAGGUGAAAAUAAAAAACUGCACCUUUAAUAGUAAUGUGGUAUGUGAUUGUCAAGAGGGAUACUACUAUGAAGGCCUUUCCCGCAGCGAAAGGUAUUGCCGGUCGUGCAACUGUAAAAACUGUAAAGCGCCUGCCGGUAAUGAUCCUGACUACAAAAGGAAAUGCCAGCCUUGCCAAAGGAAGGAGUGUUUGGAGGUCCCAGAAUGCAAGAGGAAAUGUGCAGUGAUUGCAUUUACAUAUCCUACAAAUUUAUCUAUGAUUUCAACCACAUCUACAUUUGCAUCUGCAUCUGCAUCUAUAUCUAAAGCUACAUCUACAAGAACCACGUCUUCAAACAACACAUCGGAUCCUAUUAUGCAUCGAAUUCCACCUAACUCAGCGAAUGAAAUGCCCUGGCUGAUUCUCGUGGUGUUUCUGGUGACACUUCUGGUGACAUUUCUAGUGUUGUCUUUGCUCCUGCUGCUCUGCGCCAAGAACCCAUUCGGAUUCCCAGACAGUUGUCUCUGCUGGAGAGAGAACAAAGAUGUGGAGCCGCCUGUCGAGGACCCCAAAUUCAACGAACAAAGCCGUCAUCAAGGCAGCGGCCUGAACAUGCUGACAUUAACCAUAUCUGAGGAAACUCCCAUGAUGACUCAAAGUCCAGCCACACCAGGAGAUCCAGCCCACGUCACGCUUCCACUACCAGACACUGAACACGAAGCCACCAGACAAGAUGAACCAUCAGAGCACUGGCCGGCCAUCGUCCUCUACGCAAUAAUCAAGGAGGUGCCCUUGCGCAGGUGGAAGGAAUUCUUACGUCUGCUCUCGGUGACUGAUCAGGAGCUGGAGCGGGCAGAGUUGGAGGCCAGUUUUUGCUUGGGCUCAAUGGAAAGGCAGUACCAGAUGCUGAGGCUGUGGAGCCAGCGCCCCUCUGUGAGCCUGGAUGACGUCUUUUCAGCAUUGCACUACAUGGAUUUAUCAGGCUGUGCCCAGCUGCUGCAGGAAAGCCUGGAGAAGCUGCAGUGGAGGCCUGAACUGAAGCAAGGUGUCAGUGCGGCAAUGCAGGACACCUGAGGCUGCACCCGAGGACACAAGCAGCAUACUGUCAUACAGUUAGAGACAUCAGUGCUUCAACUGUGGAUGCCAGUGCCUGGAAAAGAUGUUAUUGACUGUAGCUACUUGAUGGUACAACCACAGAAAACUGCAGUAAUGUCACAAAUGACUCAUACUGAGUAAUGCAGAUGUAGGCUAUAGUGUAAUGUACAGAAAGGUUACACGUGAGAGGAAAAACCCAAAUAAAGGAGCGGAGAAACCUAACAAAAACGCUGGCUACGGGGAUAUUUUGCUGGCAUGGUUUUGGUAUACUUGUCCCCUUAAGGCGCAGACACACCAAACUGGCAUCAAAGUGAUGACAAAGGCCAACUGUUGCCUCGCUUCACAUCGCCUGUGUCUCGGCCAAAAAGUUGCAACUGAACACACUGCAAAGACUACAGCCAACAGCCAACUAGCACAUUUGAUCUGCGCCUGCGUGAAAUAACUCUCCUAACCAACAGGUGGCUGUGGUCUGUAUUCAUCAUUCAAAAAGAGAAACUGAAAUACCGACAGGACGGACUCAAGAUGCUAACUAACUAGUUAGCAGGAGAACAAAGGACUUUUUAACAAUAACAACUAUGAACAGUUUCUUCUAAAGAGCUAAGUGGUUAUUAACAUAGCCCUACCUAAUAUAACAAGUUUGUUUUGAUCUCAGGACCUCUCAACUUUAGUCAUUUGUUUACUUUCCUCACUUCCGUUUCUCUACUUGUGUACUGAACUGAACUGCUCCGCUGGCUCUGAAUUGGCUGAAAAAAAGUGACAAGAGCCAAUGAGAGCUGUGGGUCACACUGCAAAUAACUAGGGUGACAGACUAUCACCGACGGCCCGAAAUUGAACGAUGGCUGACCGUCAGCCACCAACAUCAAACCACCAAAUGAGUGAAAAUCCUUUGGAAUUAAGGUGAUCAUCCCUCAAGUAGAGUUCUAGAGACUUGAAUGACAAGAAUCAAUGCCAAAGCACACUG